AUGAAUACCAGCACUUCCGUUUAUUUCCCUUUCUCUGAUCUUCCAUUUCAUAUGAAAACCCAUAUUUUGGCCAGGCUUCCUGUCAAAACCCUACUAAAAUGUCGGUCUGUGUGCCCAUCUUGGCGCGCUUACAUCGAUUCCCCUUCUUUCAUCUCCAAGAAUCGAAAUCUUUACAAUAAAGAACAUUCCAAAACUUCCCAUUUACUUAUUGGAGAAACUUCUAGACGAUUCCGCCUACAGCGUAUUACUAACGAUCAGAAAGUAACCACUCUUGCUGUUCGUCCUCCAUAUUCUGCUGAUUUUUCUUUAAUACCAUGGAUUUAUGGAACAUGUAAUGGGUUAUUUCUACUCAGAUUAUAUGGUGAUCAAAAGGGUAUGUAUUUGUUUUACGCCUUUCUCAGAAAAUCUCUGGUUCUUCCACCUUCUCCAUUUGCUACUCCCUUUCAAUCUACUAAGUAUGUUUUAGGGUUUUCCCCCACUUGUAAUGAUUAUAAGGUGCUUGUCUAUCGGCUUAAAUGUGAUGAGUAUGAGCCGGCAAUGACAGUUUAUUCACUUAGAAAUCACAUUUGGACUAUUAAAAUCAAUCCCAUGAAUGUCGAUGCUUGGGCUUCAUUAAAGGCCCCUUUUUCCCGUAACAAAUAUGUUUAUUGUGGAUGGAUUGUUUACUGGUUUCCUCAAGGUUAUUCAAGAAUUAUUCACUCUUUUGAUUUUAAUAGAGAAGAAUUUAAUAAUGUGGCAGCACCCGAGCCACUGAAAGAAUGUAAGAGUUUAAAUCUUUUUACCAUUGGUGAGUUGUUAGCUGUUUUAUCAUCGUCCUGCAUAUGGGUAAUGGAAAAGCAUGAUGAAGAGUACACAUGGAGGGUAUGGUGCUUAGAAUCUUGGAUUCAAAAUGUUUUUGAUGUAAUGGGACAGCACAAUCCAUAUGGUGCUAAGGUUUUCUUUGUUGGGCAGACCAAUAAUAAUAAUCGAAAAGUGGUAAUUAGGGAUGGCAAUGGGUAUUGGAGCCAACCCGAAUCCGUAGAUCUUUACUGCAUUUGCUUCGUCAAGAGCUUUCAUUGUUGCAACUUGGAACCUUCUGCUUCUUCCGGAAUAUUCUUUUUUCUUGAUGAAAUGUUAUUGCUUCGUCAACAGUUUGAUUAA